AUGAUCUUCAUCCUCUUCCUCGUUUCUCUUCCAGCAGCUCGACUCCAGGAACCCCAGGACGGCCAUGACCCGUGUCCCAGUGGGUCUUGUAACCCCCAGCUCGGUGACUUGAUGGUGGGUCGAGGGCCUCGGCUGUCAGCCUCGUCCACCUGUGGUCUGGAUGGACCACAGAGCUACUGCAUCAUUGGACACCUGGAGGAGGGGCAAAAAUGCUUUACAUGUGACUCUCGUCUGCCAUACGAUCACCAUGGCAACCCCGACAGCCACCGCAUUGAAAACGUAAUCGCGACCUUCGACCCAGAGAGAAAAACAAAGUGGUGGCAGUCUGAAAACGGACUUCAUCAAGUCAGCGUCCGGCUUGAUCUGGAGACCAUGUUCAAGUUCAGUCAUCUGGUCCUAACCUUCAAGAGUUUCCGUCCGGCAGCCAUGUUGGUGGAGCGAUCGAAAGAUUUUGGACGAAGCUGGAAGGUUUUUCGUUACUUUGCAGAAGAUUGUUUCCUUUCGUUUCCGUCGGUUUCCAAUCAGCCAGCCAACGGCAUCGACGAUAUCAUCUGUGACAGCAGAUACUCUGGAUCAGAUCCGUCUACCAACGGAGAGGUGGUGCUGAAAGCUCUAGAUCCGAUCUUUGAGAUAGGAAACCCGUAUGCACCGAACAUCCAAGAUCUGAUCACCUUGACUAAUAUCCGUGUGAACUUCACUCGUCUGUUCACGCUGGGCGACGUUCUGCUGAGUCGACGACGCCGGAACCCUCAGGACAAGUAUUACUACGCCCUGUACGCCAUGGUGGUCCGGGGGAGCUGCUCCUGCCACGGACACGCCGCCAGCUGCACGCCCGUGGACGGAGGGCGGGGGGACGUCUUCACCCAGACCGGCAUGGUUCACGGUCGCUGUGUUUGUCAACACAAUACAGCCGGAGAGAACUGUGAGAGGUGUCAGGACUUUCACCACGACUCCCCCUGGAGGCCUGGCGGGGGAACCACAGCCAACACCUGCAUGAGAUGCAACUGUAACGGUCACUCUGACUCGUGUCACUUCGACGCCACUCGCUUUGAAGCGACAGGCAUGCUGAGCGGCGGCGUGUGUGAAGACUGCCUCCAUGACAGGGCGGGGCCUCAGUGCGAACGCUGCCGGCCUUUCCUGUUUCAAGAUCCACAGAGAGCGGAGGACGACCAGCAUGCCUGCAGACCAUGUGACUGCGACCCAGCGGGUUCGGAGGGAGGCGGCCUGUGUGACGCUCUGAGCGGCGCAUGUGUCUGUAAAGGAAAUGUGGCGGGUCGCCGCUGCCAUCAGUGCAAACUGGGCUUCUUCAACCUGAGGCGGGACGACGCCGCCGGCUGUCGGGUGUGCAGGUGCCAUGUUUUGGGAAGUGUUGGGUCAUGUGACCAGCUGACAGGAAGUUGUGAAUGUGUCCCUUUGGCCAGCGGUCCUCUGUGUGAUCGAUGUCUGCCAGGUUUCUGGGGUUUGGGACACUCUGGGUUCAGAUGUUCCGCCUGUGACUGUGAUGUUGGAGGAGCUCACAGCGCCACAUGUUCUCCGGAGGAUGGGCAGUGUCACUGUUUACCCAACAUGGUGGGUCGACAAUGCUCUGACCCCACCCCUCGUUACUUCCUGCCGACACUGGACUACUUCCUGUACGAGGCGGAGCUCGCCGCUCCGCUGCAGAGAAGCUCUACUCCUCUUCCUCCGUCACCAUCUCCUUCUUCUUCUCUGUUGGACUCAGUUCUUUUACCUCAGUGUGAGAAGUAUUACAGAGACCAGGGUUACGACUUUAAGUUCAGCAAUGGAAGAGUCGUUCUGGUUCGUAGGACUCGACACAUCGCCCGCCGGUGGAGACGGGGACAGCAAAACAGCCUCCCUCUGGAAGCGGGUCACGCCCUGCAGAUUGUUCCUCGUCAAAGGAAAGCUGAUCAGUCCAUCACCUGGACCGGCCUGGGAUUGGUCAGAGUGUUGGAGGGGGCGGGGCUUAGGUUCACUGUGGACAACAUCCCUUCACCAAUGGAUUACAAGCUGGUUAUUCGUUACGAGUCAGAGGCUCCGUCUGAUUGGCUGGCUUCAGUCAGCAUCGUCACAGUGUCUUCAGGCAGCGGCGGCUGCAGCAGUGACCCAACAGGAAGUAGAACUCUGGUUCUUCCUGCAAACUCCAGGUGGGGUAUCCUGGACCCUGCGCUGUGCCUGAAUGCAGGCGGUCAGUACUUUGUGGACAUCGUGUUCAACAAGCAGCCCAGGUCAGACCGGUCCGGCUCACACCUCCUGGUGGACUCGGUGGGUUUGAUCCCGACCUUUGACUCCCUCCAGGAAUUCUGCUCCCAGACAAACUCUCAUCCCUUCGGCUGCGUCGGAUUGGCUGUUGAGCUCCAACCAGAAGAGUCGCUGAGCGACGUCUGUGAGGGCCUGCUGGGCAGCGCGUCAGCACAAGUACACAACGGAGCAGUGUUGUGCAGGUGCAACGCUGCCGGCUCUCUCGGAGCAUCCUGCAGUAAAGUGGGAGGUUCCUGUGACUGUCGGCCCAACGUGAUUGGCCGUUGCUGUGACGCGUGUGCGCCCCUGGCGUUUGGCUCGGGGCCCGAUGGCUGUGAACCAUGCCGGUGUGAACCUCGCGGCUCGUUGUCAGAGUUCUGCGAUCAGGUCAGAGGUCAAUGCGAGUGUCGUUCAGAGGUCACUGGUCGGCGCUGUGACCGCUGUCAGACUGCAUUCUGGAGGUUUCCUUCCUGUCGACCCUGUGAAUGUAACGAGCUGUCAGAAGAGUGCGACGAACAAACCGGAGAGUGCCUGAACUGCAGGGAGCACGCCACUGGGCCGGCGUGUGACAGGUGUGUGGAGGGUUACUAUGGUAACCCAGUCUCCAAACAGCCCUGUGAGCCCUGCCUGUGUCCCGAUGUUGCAAACAGCGGACGAUUCUUUGCCACGUCAUGCCACCACCAACCACCAUCCCUCAGUCUCACCUGUAACUGCAGGAAUGGACACACAGGUCCACGCUGCGACAGAUGCAGCCCUGGUUUCUAUGGCGACCUUGGGUCGCCAGGCGCCCGCUGUGAGGAGUGUCCCUGCAACAACAACAUAAACACCGGAGACCGUAACUCCUGCGACAGCCGGACGGGAGAAUGUCGGCGCUGCCUCUACCACACCACGGGCCCCCGAUGCCAGGACUGCAGACCCGGGUACUACGGGAACGCCCUGGACCAGGACUGCAAAGAGUGCUCUUGUGACCGGCGGGGGACAGAGGUGACUCGGUGUCCUCUGGGGAGUCCUUGUUUCUGUGAUUCAAGGACAGGACAGUGUCCCUGCAGGACGGGGGUUUUGGGCACCCUUUGUGACGAGUGUGUGGACGGAUAUUGGAACCUGGACGGUGCAUCGGGGUGUCAACCCUGCAGCUGUGAUUCUGUGAACUCCUUCUCAAACAUCUGCAACAAGGUGACGGGACAGUGUCCUUGUCAACCGGAGUUUGGUGGACGACAGUGUGACGAAUGUGGAGAAAAUCAUUUUGGGAAUCCGGACCGGCAGUGCAUCUCUUGUGACUGCAAUGUCGAGGGGACUGAGCGCCCGUCAUGUGAUCCUGAAACCGGCGAGUGUCUCUGCCGGGUCGGUGUCUCCGGGAUCUUCUGUGACGAGUGCUCCCCUGGAUAUGACUUGGCGUUCCCGGCCUGCAGCAAGUGCCAUCCAUGCAACGCUCUCUGGGCCGGAGACGUCACCGAUGUCCAGCGAGCCGCCUCGAGGAUGAGAACCUUCAUUCCUGAAGUCAACAAGUGGCCCGGCGACAGCCGCCUGCAACACAUGUUAAAGAUGCACGCCGAGUUGGACAGCCUGGGCAACCUGACGGGACUCUCCCCGCCAACGCCGGAGAAGCUGGAGAAACUUUGUGCAAAGAUCAGGAAGCUGCACGAUGCCGUCGACCCGAAUGUUAUCCUGAUCGACCCGUCUCCUCUCCUAAACACUGAGAUGGACCACAUUGGUCUGGAGUUCAGAAAGCUGCUGAGCACUGUGAAGGCAACACGUCUGCCGGAUCCAGACGAUGAAGAUGAAGACCCAGACGAGUUGCUGGAUGAAACCAUGAAGCUUCAUGAAGCCUUCAUGUUGGACGACAAGAGAGUGAGAAACGCCAACCGAGCUGUGGAGGACUCCAUGGACACCAGACAGGAAGUCAAACAUAAACUGAACAUGUGCAGCAGCAAAGGAAACAUGGUGUCGCUGGAGAAGGUUCAAGAGCUCAGUCUGGCCCAUCUCAACCGAAUGAUCUGUGGAGGACCCGGUCUGGAGGACUGCUCAAGCUGUGGUGGAGCUCUGUGUGUUCUCGAUUUUGGAAAAAAUAAAUGUGGAGGUCCAAAGUGUGAUGGAGUCAUUCCAAAAAGUCAGAACGCUUCAGAGACAGCGGAGAGAGUGAAGGAGCAACUCCUCACACUCCCAUCCCGUCUGCAGGCGUCCAAGAACAAGAUCAACGAUGCCAAGCAACAAGCUCAGGACACCAAAGACCAGGCCAAAGACCUCCAGGACCGGAUCAACAAAAACAUUGACUCCCUAAGCAGAGAGAAAAAUAAAACCAAUGAGCUCAUCCAGCAAGUCAAAGAUUACCUCACAGAUGAGAUGGUUCCUCCAGAGGACAUUGAGAAAAUGGCCCAAGCUGUUCUGGACAUCCAGCUGCCACGACCACCAGAUCAGAUCCGAUCAAUGAUCAAUGACAUCAAUAAACUGCUGUCCACCACACACAAUCCCCCCAAAACCCUGGAACACACCAAGACUGCCCAGACCCUGCUGCAGGAAGCUCAGAAACUCAAGGAGCGUGCAAAGAACAUUGAUGUGACCAAGAUCAGCAGAGAUAUUUAUGGAGCAGAGACGGCUCAGGACAAAGCCAACGACGACCUGGACACCGGCAGCCGAGACAAAGACAUGGCCAAAGACCAAAUCAGAGACAUGAACGAGAAACUAGACGACAUCGAAACAAAGCUGAUGAAUCGUCCAUCUGAAGAUCUGCAGGACAAGAUUGAAGCCCUGAAGAGGAAAACUGAGCAGAACCGAGAGACAGCCAAACACGCCAGAGAGGCUGCAGACUCUGCUUUAAACCAGACUGCUCACAUCGAACCAAAGCUGGAUGAUGCCAUGAAGCUGUUUGAGCUGUUAAAGAAGAAGAGGUCCAAUCAGAGCGCUGAAGAUGAAGCUGGAGAGCGGGUGAGGAAGAUGAUGGAGGAGGCUGAGAAGAUAAAGGAACAGGUGGAGGACAAACUUCUCCAGCUCCAAGGUCUGGAGCAGAAGGUCCAGCAGCUGGUCCAGAACAAAGAGGACCAGGUCUCUGAAGUCUCCCUGUUGUUGCAGACGAUGGACUCCCUCCGCAAGGAGAUCUCCAAGCGGGCCGAGGGAUACGUCAGCUGUACUGCAUAGAACUACCGAGUACUACAGAGUGAUACUGCACCUCAUAGUACUACCUAGUACUACAGAGUGAUACUGCACCUCAUAGUACUACAGAGUGAUACUGCACCUCAUAGAACUACCGAGUACUACUGCACCUCAUAGUACUACCGAGUACUAGAGUGAUACUGCACCUCAUAGUACUACAGAGUGAUACUGCACCUCAUAGUACUACAGACUGAUACUGCACCUCAUAGAACUACCUAGUACUACAGAGUGAUACUGCACCUCAUAGUACUACAGAGUGAAACUGCACCUCAUAGUACUACCUAGUACUACAGAGUGAUACUGCACCUCAUAGUACUACCUAGUACUACAGAGUGAUACUGCACCUCAUAGUACUACAGAGUGAUACUGCACCUCAUAGUACUACCUAGUACUACAGAGUGAUACUGCACCUCAUAGUACUACAGACUGUAAUACUGCACCUCAUAGUACUACCGAGUACUCAUACUGUAAUACUGCUCCCCAUAAAUACUCAGAGUACUUAUGAAACACAGGACAUCAGAAAUACUACUGAGUCCUCCAGGUUGACAAACAAGUACCUCUCCUUCAGUCCUCAACAUGUUUGGUUCAAAGUCCUUUUAGUGUAAAUCCUAAUGCUUCACAAUCUAAAUACACAAAGCUAAACUUGGGACACAUUUUUUUGACGUGUAUUGUUCAAAGUUGUGGAGUUGACAUUUAUUCAAUAAAAAAACUGUGUGAAUGUU